CGGGAGAGAAGAAAAGGAAGCACUUUCUAUGUGAGCCAAGCCGUACAUGGAAACGGCAAUGGUGGCAAGCUUCGCAGCCAGAAGAAGCCUCUGGUGUAUCCUCCUAAAUCGCGCCCACUACUUUUCAACGGUCUCCAGUUCUAUUGACCCCUUUGAUACAAAAUUAUCCCAGCAAUCUCAGUACAGGAAAGAGAUUUCACUUGCCAACCUCUUCCAAAGGAUUCCGCAAAACUCCUUCAUUUCUUUGGUACGCGAUUGUCCUGGGAUAUUGGAACACCAGUUUCUCAAGAAAUGGGAAGCAUGUUUCUCACAACUGCGCGUUUUGACCCCUUCCCCACUUAUGAUCAGAAAUUUCUUGCAAUACUUUAGGAGGUAUCACCUAGACCCUGGUGAACUUUCAAAAAGCAUUGAGAUCUUGAGGGGUUUAGGCUUCACGCAUGGUGCUAUAGCUCGGGUUUUCGAGGACUUCCCUACUGUGGUCGUGAUGCCUGAGGGAGAAAUUCUUUCUAUAAUUGAAUUUCUCACGGAAAUUGGGAUUCCCAGGGACAAGGUUGAUCGAGUCAUAAGUUUGCAUCCUAGAGUUUUGGGACUUGGGAUCAAAGACCGGUUGAAACCGUUGCUCUGUGAGUUGAGCGAUUUGGGAUUUUCUGAUGAUGAGAUUAUAAAGGAGAUAAUUAGGGAGCCCAAGAUUCUGGGAAUGGAACUAGGGGAAUUUUCACGGUGUUUAAAAUUGCUCAAGACUUUAGAAUGUAGAGAACCUAUCAAAGAGAAGAUUUUCAGAGAGGGUAUACUGAGAGCCGGUUUUGAAGUAAAAUUGAGAGUGGAUUGCUUGUGUAGUCAUGGUUUAAUCCGCAGAGAUGCUUUCAAGGUCUUGUGGAAAGAACCGAGGUUGAUUACUUAUGACUUGGAGAACAUUGAAAAGAAGAUUGACUUUUUAGUACACAGGAUGGAAUAUAGUGUGGAUUGUUUACCUGACGUUCCAGAAUAUUUGGGUGUGAAUUUCGAAAAGCAGAUUGUGCCUCGACACAAUGUGAUGGAGUAUUUGAAAGCAAAAGGUGCAAUUGACUUUGAGGUGAGAUUGAAGGACUUGAUUAAGCCAAGUAGACUUAGAUUUUACAAUCUAUAUGUCAAACCCUACCCAGAAUGUGAAAAAUUGUAUGGGAGAUUUUCAGGAAAUGUUGAAGUUAAAAGCAAGCAUCCAACGGGACUCUGGAAAAUCUUUAAACCAAAAAAGUUCCCUGAAACCAACGAAGAUGUGAAGAACAUGAAGUCCUUUAUGGAGGGAGUGGUGUAGUGGAUGACACUGUUGAUAUUGAUCCCUCUUUCCUCAUGUAGUUGAUUGCUUGCUUUUCCUUGGGAAGACUUGUUUGUUCCUGAAGCUGCCGCUUCUUGUACUGUUCAAAGUUGAUCGACUUGCUAGAUCCAUCAUGUCCUGUAUUGGUUGAGAGCGUUGUUGUGAUCCCUGCCUCCAUUUCGCCUGCCGAAAAAAGGCCGCGCUUUGAACAUCUGCUCAUGCAAGGAACUUAAACGGUAUGUUGAGGCGAUUGAGAUGCCAGCAAAAAGACAUCAUAAAAGAGUAAGCUGAAGAAGCUACAGAUGACACUCAGGUGGGUCUGAAAGAAUCCUUGCACCUUGCUGCUUGCGUACUCUGCCUCCUCUUUAUUCCGAAGAGCUGGACGAUAAAACCGUGCCUGUCAAUUACCCCCUCCCAUUUGUACGUUUACAUCUCUGACUUUUUUCUGUCCUUGUUUGCAGGAAACUUAAUCCGACGUUCAUAUUUCGGUGACGUUCAUUUUUUCUUGGCGGAUCAUGUUGGGAACGCGUGGAGAUAUAUAGUGGAUAAGAACAGUAACAGCAGGAGAGAGCUCCACGAAUUGUUCUUUGGAUGCAACUGAAAUUCUUUGAUUAGAUCCUCAUUAUCUAUAUAUAGAAUUAAAUGUUUACAUGUCAUUUGGAAAUGUAAUUUAUUUUUUAAACUCCCUUUAACAUUCAGAAAAUUAUUUAGUUGCAUGAAGCUAGUUAAGACCGAAGAAAUCCCUAAGCAGCGCUGGGUUGUGCGUGCCGCCUGGGUACAUGUGCGUGCGUAUGUGUGUGUAUAUACGUAUGUAUAUGAAGAAUUCAAUUCAAGGGCCAAAUUUGUACUC